AUCAGACAGCGCGCCAAAAGGCCCAUGUGGCUUCAAGCUUCAUCCGCGUCCAAUUCUUGGGAUACGAACAAUACGUACCUCAUCAGUGCUGAUCCAGCAGCACUCAUCCCCUCCCCUUUCUCUUCCUUUGACACCUCCCCCCCCAAGAGAGAAAGAAGAAGAAGAAGAAGAAGAACAAGAAGGAAGAGGCAAAGAUGCACUCCGCCCUGAACCGCGCGCAAGGCGUCUUCGGCUUCUUCACCACCGUCGCCCUCUUCGUCGCCGGUCUGGCCGCUCUCUCCGUGCUGCUUCAUCCGACUGAUGCCGUGACUACGGAUGUGAAGGUUCGCGAUGUGAAGGUAACAAAAGGCCGUCCCCACUUCUACUCCUCCCGACGAGAAGAAUACGCGCAGAUCCGCUUCGACUUGGACGCUGACCUAACCCCCCUCCUAAACUGGAAUACCAAACAACUCUUCAUCUACAUCUACGCCAGCUACCCCUCCGACCCCUCCUCGUCGAACCCAACCCACUCGCACUCCAUCAUCUGGGAUACCAUCAUCCCGGCCCCCUCAUCACCAUACACUAUCGACGCCCUCCGCGAACGGUUUUUCCCAUCGUCCACCAAGAAGCGCUCCACCAAGAAAACAUCCACCAGUAAGGCGCCCAAGACGGGAAAGGCGGCCAAGGAGGCCACCGCACCCCAUGGCGUGCUCAGGCUCAGAGACCAGAAGCCGAAGUACUCGAUCGGGGAUGUCUCGGGGAAGAUGGCCGGCAGGGAGAAUGUCACGUUGUCGGUCGGGUGGAAUGUUCAGCCUUGGGUCGGCGCGUUGUGGUGGGCUCCGGCGUCGGGGGGCGUGCCGAGCACGAAUGGCCAGGUCGGGGUUAGUGAGGCGGUGGUGUUGCCGGCGUUGAAGGGGAAGAAUACCGGUUCGAAUGCUGCUGGUGCUGGUGCUGGGACUGCGGCUGGGGGGAAGGUGGUGGGUUGAUUUGAUUUGAUUUGAUUUGAUUUGAUUGGGGUUGGUUGGGUUGGGUUGGGUGUAUGUUAUGUUAUGUUAUAGCUUUUUUUUCUGUUCUUGAG